UCGUCAGCGGCACGCCAGUGUUUACAAUUCAAAGUGACUCGGAGGCAUGGGGGAUCGAUAAUCCGUGCUUUGCAUAAUCGCGUCAAUUCGUUUCUGCGCCUAAGCAUGCCGUCACGCGGCGAGGACAUCCUCAAGGGCUUUCAGGUUAAUUGGAUGAAUCUGCGCGACGCCGACAGCGGCAAGAUUCUCUGGCAGGGCAACGAGGACUUAUCAGUGCCCGAGGUGGAGCACGAGGCGCGCGUGCCGAAGAAGAUCCUGCGAUGCCGCGCGGUGUCGAGGGAGAUCAACUUCAGCUCGGCGGAGCCGAUGGAGAGGUUUCGCCUGGAGCAGAAGGUGCUGUUCAAGGGACGCUGCCUGGAGGAGUGGUUCUUCGAGUUCGGAUUCGUCAUUCCGAAUAGCACCAACACGUGGCAGAGCUUGAUCCAGGCGGCGCCGGAGAGUCAGAUGAUGCCGGCGAACGUGCUCAACGGCAACGUCGUGAUAGAAACCAAGUUCUUCGACGACGAUCUCUUGGUGUCUACCAGCCGAGUCCGUCUCUUCUACGUCUAAGGCGAUUUACCGAAUGGUCCUAACAAUCGUGCACAACGUGGGACCAAGCCCAGCAUUGACAGACUACGUGAGAGUAGAACGACGCACGUGUGAAAAAUCUCGUACGAGCCGGUCGGCUUUCGGCCUUUUAUCGGAUACUUUUUACGCAUACGUUAGCGAUACAAACUCGUAAUUUUGUGGAAAUCUACACGUUUAGAGAGAGAGAGAAAGACAGUUACGCAAACAGACCGAUACAAAAUUUAUAUCAAAGUUUCGUCGAGCAAUAGCAUUUUUUAAACGGGGCCUAAUGUACCUGGAGAAUAUGUUUUUCACUCUUGAGGACACGAGGGAUGCGACCUGCACCGCUGAAGCACGUAAUUUAUUUGUUAUUUGUUAAGUACGAAUAAACGCAAUAAGUUUUGUACAUAUUGUAAUACACGACACCGCGAGCAAUAAAGUUAAAAAAAAAAUCUUACACUC